AUGAGUAUCCUCAUAAAGGAGUUGUUAGCAAAUGCUAAUAAAAAAUUAUUACAAAAAGUUGUGACCUCGUCUGGAAAAACCAAAAAUAUUGAUUUAGUAUACGGGAAGGAUAUAAUAAAAAUGUACUUAAAAAAAUAUGUAGAAUUAUGUAAUAAAUUUAUAGAAUUAUUUAUACAAUUAUAUGAAUUAAUAAAAAAAUUAGAUCAAAAUUUUGAAGAAUAUGACCUACAACCUUUUGUUAUGGAAAUGGAAAAUCAUAUAUUAAAUAAUAAUAAUUUUUUGAAAAAAAAAGAGAAGGAAAAAUUUUUAAAAGAAACACAAAUAAAUAUAGAAAAAAUAAUAGGAGAUAUAAAAUGUAACAUUUUAAAUACUUGUGAAUAUAUAAAAAAAAUAAAGGAGUUAUAUUUAUUAAUAUAUAUAUAUAUAUAUAUUUUUGAUUUUAAUAUAAAUAUGCUUGAUGAAUAUUUACAAAAAAAUAAUAUAAAAAAUGAAAGCAAUAUUAUAAAUAUUAAUAAUAAUUGCACACACAAAAAAAGUCAGACAUAUAAUGAUGUUGCCAAUAUAGGAAGUAAAAAAGAGCCUUUUGAAAAUUUACUUAUUGAAAGAUUCAUAAAUUUAAAUAAUAUAUGCAAUUUUGAAUUUGCUGAAUUUAUUUCAAAAGACAUAUUUAUUUCUUUAUUUUAUUCAAAUAAAGAUAUUGCAAAAAUUACUAAAAAAUGUCUUCAUUGGCAAAAUAUUGAAAGAGAUCAUAAUAUUAUUGAUAGUUUUAGCCAUGAUCAAAAUAGUAUAACUCGGUUGAACGAAAUAUGUUUUUUUUUUUUUAUGACAGUUAUUAUAUAUUAUAUUGAAAAUGAUUUAAAGUUACGAAUAAAAGUGUUUAUAUCAUUAAUAAAUAAUAUUCAUAAAAAUAAAUUAAAUUUUAAAAAAUAUAAUUUAAUACUUAAACAUAAUCCAUAUUUAAGUAAAAUUAAGAAAUUGACAUGCAUAUUUUUAUAA